UGUGUGUGCAUGUGCGCGCAUGCAGACACGUGCUCUCUUGCAUCACACUUGUUGCACAGUGUGCUCGUGGCAGUGUGCAUUGGGGUGUGGUAACUACAGAGGGGCCAAGCAAGGUUGAGAAGUGGAGUUAUCUUGUGGUCCAAGAGUGCUGCUCCUGGUACGGCUCAGGAUGAAGUUUCCCUGGAAAGUCUUCAAGACCACCCUUCUGCUUCUUCUGCUCUCUCACUCAUUGGCCUCUGUGCCCUCUGAGGACCAGCCAGGUGACAGCUACUCCCAUGGCCAAAGCUGUUUAGGGUGUGUGGUACUGGUAUCUGUGAUUGAGCAACUGGCUGAAGUUCACAACUCUUCAGUCCAGGUGGCGAUGGAGAGACUCUGCAGCUACCUGCCUGAAAAGCUGUUCUUGAAGACCUCCUGCUAUUUCUUGGUUCAGACAUUUGGCUCAGACAUCAUAAAACUACUGGGUGAAGCUAUGAAGGCUGAUGUGGUGUGCUAUGCUCUGGAAUUUUGCAAGCGGGAUGCUGUCCAACCACAGUGUCAUCUCUUCCCACUUCCCCAGGAGGCCUGGGAGUCUGCACUGGAGAAGGCGAGACAAGUCCUCAGGAGGUCCUCUACCAUGAAAUAUCUCAGAAGUGGUCGUAACAUUUGUUCCCUACCAUUUUUGGCCAAGAUCUGCCAGAAAAUUGAAUUAUCUAUAAAGAAGGCCGUGCCAUUCAAAGACGUAGAUUCAGACAAGCACAGUGUUUUCCCAACGCUGCGGGGCUACCACUGGCGAGGGCGUGACUGUAAUGACAGUGACAAGACAGUGUACCCGGGCAGAAGGCCAGACAACUGGGAUAUCCAUCAGGACUCCAACUGUAAUGGCAUCUGGGGUAUUGAUCCGAAAGAUGGAAUUCCAUAUGAGAAGAAAUUCUGUGAAGGUUCACAGCCCAGGGGAAUCAUUUUGCUGGGAGACUCAGCUGGGGCUCAUUUUCACAUCCCCCCUGAAUGGCUGACAGCUUCACAGAUGUCUGUGAAGUCCUUCCUCAACCUGCCGUCCGCCCUAACCGAUGAGCUCAACUGGCCCCAACUCUCUGGUGUAACUGGAUUUCUGGACUCCACAAGUGGAAUUGAAGAAAACUCCAUUUACCGUCGUUUGAGAAAGAGAAACCAUUGCAAUCACAGAGACUAUCAGAGUAUCUCAAAGAAUGGUGCAUCUUCCAGAAAUCUGAAGAAUUUUAUUGAAAGCUUGUCUAGGAACCAGGCAUCAGACCAUCCAGCCAUCGUCCUUUAUGCCAUGAUUGGAAACGAUGUUUGUAAUUCGAAAGCUGACACAGUACCAGAAAUGACCACUCCUGAACAAAUGUACGCCAACGUCAUGCAGACUCUGACUCAUCUAAAUUCUCACCUGCCCAGUGGCAGCCACGUUAUUUUAUACGGCUUACCAGAUGGAACUUUUCUCUGGGAUAGCUUGCACAACCGAUACCACCCUCUAGGCCAGCUAAAUAAAGAUGUGACCUAUGCACAGUUCUUCUCCUUUCUAAGAUGCCUGCAGUUAAAUCCCUGUAACGGCUGGAUGUCUUCCAACAAGACCCUCCGGACUCUCACUUCAGAGAGAGCAGAACAACUCUCCAAUACACUGAAAAAAAUUGCAACCACCAAGACAUUUGCAAACUUCGAUCUUUUCUACUUGGAUUUUGCCUUCCAUGAAAUAAUAGAGGACUGGCAGAAAAGAGGUGGACAGCCAUGGCAGCUUAUUGAACCUGUGGAUGGAUUCCACCCCAAUGAGGUGGCUUCACUUCUGCAAGCAAAUCGUGUCUGGGAAAAGAUACAGCUCCAGUGGCCUCAUGUCUUGGGAAAGGAGAAUCCAUUCAACUCUCAGAUUGAAGAGGUGUUUGGAGACCAAGGAGGACACUGAGUCUCUGGGGAAGGAGCAUCACUGGGGGAGAGAAAGAUGGAUAAACCCUCCCACCUGCUCAUUUCAGGGGCUGCUGUGCAACAGGCCCAGAAGACCUUCUUCAGCGGCCUCUCUGCAGACCACUUUCCUCUCAGUUGGGGACAGACCUUAAUGGCAAUGUCCAUUAAUGGCAUUGUCCUUUGCUUCCCACAGCAAGUCUCCUCUGCUCAACUCUGAAACACCUUUUCCAAUUUUUUAUUAGGUAUUUUCUUCAUUUACAUUUCAGAUGCUAUCCCAAAAAUCCCCUAUACCUUUAAGCUGAUUAUCUUGGGUAUUUGUUAUAGUAGUAAAUAACUUACUUCACAAUUAAUAAUCUAGAGAUGAUUUAAAGUACAUAGGCGUGUGUAGGUUAUAUACAAAUACUAUAUACCAUUUUAUACAAGGAUCCUGAUCAGAGUUCCUGUGCUUAUAUGAACUUCAAUCUGUACUAGAAUCUUCUCUCCAUCUCUGUGGGCAAUUGACUCCAGGACUUGCAAGGAUACCAGGGUCUGAGGACAUUCAAGUUCCUUGUAAAGGAAAGUCUAGCAAUCACUUUCUUUUCUGUGUCUCCCUUUCCUCAACCUUUUCUGAGCAUGCCACAGAUUUAGGGUUCAAUCUUUGUAUGCCCAGAGGUACCCCUGUGCUUGGUGUAGCCCACAGGUAUGAGACAGUCGGUCCCACAGUGGCAAGUGGGGACAAGUGAAAUCAUGCACAGGUCUCCUCAGUUACUGGCAUUCGGUGGACUUCUUACAUCAGCCCCCUUAACUUACAGCAAUGACCUGAACACAUUCUUAUAGCAAUGCUGUCCCACCCCCACCCCUUACAGCCCUGAUUCUCUUGUCCUGCUUCCAAAAUAAACCGUCUGCACCCCAAUAUUUGCCUCAAUAAAGACAAAGUUCUAA